AUGAAGACCAAGGAUAAAGACCUAUGGAUCGUUGCGAUUAAGUACGAACUUGACUCAUUAAAGCAGAACGGCACGUGGAAACCAGUGAUGAAGACAGAAGACUUGAAAAUACUAAAUACCAAAUGGUUAUUUAAGACCAAGACCAACGCACAAGGUGAAAUAGAAAGGCACAAAGCAAGAAUGGUUGCAUGCGGAAAUGAACAAGUCUUUGGUGAGGAUUUCAUGCUUACAUAUGCGCCUGUCAUGGAAAUUAUUUCUGCCAAAGUGAUCUUGGCAAUGGCGCAACACUGGAAGGUACCAGCUAGAUACGGAGAUGUGCCUAAUGCUUACGUUAAAGCAUCCGCUGAAGAGGAAUUCCCCAUUUAUAUUAAGAUCCCACAAGGGAUGGAUAUACGUAAUCAAGUAUUGAAGGAGUUGGGCGUGAAUUCUGUAAAUGAAACCGUAUUGUUACUACUUCAAAGCCUUUACUUACGGCUUAAAACAAGCCGGUAG